AUGCUUCGCGCACGUUGGUACCACAGUUGCCAGUCAACAAGCUCCAUGAUGGAGUCUCCUUCACCAAAUUUGGAUGGUGCCUGGCCCUCUCAGCAUCAAUCUACCCCUGUCUCUCGAAGUGCCUCCAACAAUGCACCUAGUUACGAUCAACGCCAAUCUGCCUCUCCGCUGCUUGCUGAAUACCCCCAACUGCCAYAAUAUCCGCGCUUUUGGGACUCUGACAGCGAAAUGUCGGUCACUUGGGCGUUGCUCAUGCCGGAGCCCGAGUACACCGCGCUAUCACUUGAAGUCGACCAGAUUUUGAGCGCGCAACGCUCGCAGUCAGAGUCUUCUCUGAGUGUCCAAGAAGGUACUGAUCUGAGACCACCAUGGGGUCAACAAGCGCUUCGCGCAGAAGAUCGGGCAGAUUUAAAGGGUCAUGGAGAAGCUGAGGCUGCGCAGGAGGAGGAGGGUGAGGAGCAAGACGAGGACGCAGGGCAGAACAGUCAUCAGCAGACUGUCAACGCGGCKAACACCACGAAUGUCUCCAGCCUCCCGUGGAAUAGUUCCAUCACCAAUCCUGUCCAGGCAAGAGCGUGGUUACUCGCCAACUCAACACAUCUCGAACGGGUGGCCCCCAAGGAUGAUGAUGUUACAGCAGAGAUUCCCAACCUCGCAGCCCACGCCCAAGUGCUUUUCAACGCACUCUACAUUCCUUCUCAAGCGCCGGAAUCAAGCUGGAAGCAGCACGAAGUGGAUUACUACCAGACCUACCAAGCAAACGCAGUCUCAAAGCUCAACGAGAUCUCCAGCACUGCAUAUGGCUGUUCGAUGGUGCAAAGCCAAUGUUUCCUUGCGAUUGAGAUGGCGUACGAUCUACACACCGUGGGGAUCGAGCCCAGUCUUACCAAGAUGCAGCUUGAUGAUGAUCUCAAGCUUUCCGAGCGCAUCUCUCGCAUGAUCGACUGUGUUAAUAUGAAAUCAGUUGCACUGUCGAUUGCAGAGGGGAAGGCGGACGUCAUGGAGAAUCUUGCCCGGAACCCGAUAGCUCUCUUGGCGAUGCGUAAGGACGGCGCGAAGAACAACAGCGGCAAGCAGCGCAAGAAUAAGGCUGGUGCGAAGGCGCUCGCGAAUCCAACAAAUGUCUCUGGAGCGGCGAAUGUCCAGCCCUUGCCAGCUCAACACAACGCUGCCAUCAACCUAUCUGGCUCUGCUACCAGUUUGUUCGGUAGCUCCUUUUCGACUCCAGCAAGUGGCUACAGUGCUCACACAUCCAAUUCCUCCACUUCGAACCUGCAAGCUUCUGUUUUGGCCCAGGACGCAAGUGGCGAUGAUCGCACUACAUACUCGACAAAGCGUGUCCGUGAGGCGACUGAGAAUCCGUACGACACGGCAACAAACGUCCCAUCUUCAAAGCGCCACAGGAGACGGGAUGUUGCGACUGAUUCGGGUUACGCGACUCCAACAACCGACGACCAGAAUGUCCAAAGCCACUCCAGACAGUCGAGCAACGAGCAGCAAUUCCAAUACCCGUCCAACAGCGGAGCAGGGAAUGGCUAUGGCAUGCCUGUUGGCUAUCUAGACCAACCAGCUGCUCCAUUCGCAAUGCCUUCCUUCGGUCAGCAAAGCUUCCAACGUCGGUCCUCUCCAUCGACCCAGCAGCAAGGAGUGGAGGUUACCGAGAACCCAUACUCUCCGACUCGGAAUACAUACGAUGAUCCCCAUGUUCGCGAUAACAGCGGCUGGUAUCGUGGCGAAGGAUGA